CCUAGGUUUUCAGUUUGCCCAGACUUCAUGUCCGAAAGGUAUCGAGUCAGUCGGAUCAGCAUGGUGACAGCCAACAUCACCGAAGCCCAGGCCGCCGACACCCUUCGCAACAUAUGGGUGACCACCAAUGAAGACUUGUGUUUACAAUGGCAACAACAACUUGCAGAAGACGACAGACUGAAAGCAGAGAAGCAGCGUUUAGACGAAGAAGAUCAGGAACAUCAACGAGCAGCUUUGCAACUUGAAGAAGCUACAGCGCGCGCAGAUGAAAAGAAGAAAAACCGUCUAAAACACAUUCCAAUGCCCAUGCGCCCUCGUCCCUUCGCCAAUGACGAAGAAGCCUUAAUUUCAGAGUUCGCAACACGCAAACUG